AUGCCGCAUAAUGUAAGCAUCAGUCCGCCGGCGACAGAGCUCAAAUCGUCGGCGAUUUGUGGAUACUUACACAGGAUUGAAGUUCGCUCGAUCGGACUCAUCACCAGAAGACGCUAUUGGUUUGCGUUAUGUGAUACGACGCCCUAUUUGUAUUGGUAUAAGGAUAGCGACGAUGUAAAGUGCAUCGGAAGAGUUUCGCUGGCCGGCGCGGCAUUCACUUAUGAUCCGAAAGAAAAGGGUCGAUUUGAGAUCCAUUCCGGAAAUGAGGUCUACAUUCUAGAAUGUUGCUCAGACAAGCAGCGGAAUGAAUGGAUGAAGGCACUUCAAAACACUCGUAAACGGAGUUGGCGAGCAGCCAAAUCGCAUUCAGACACCUCAUUAGAUAUUUCUUCACUAACCAGCAAGUCAGGAGAUGCUCCAUCUCCAAUUCCGCCUCCAAGAAGUCCUCGAGUCGCUAGAAAGCCGCAGGAAACUACGAAACAAGAAGAAGAAGAAGAAGUUGAAGCUAAGAAUGAGCAGGGCGACGGUGAAACCGAGAUCAGAGAAAUUCCUGAAAAGGAUGAGUCAUCGAAAGAAGAGACAUCAACAUCAACGGAAUGGUAUUUGAAUGAAAAUGGCCAAUUGAACGAGAGAAGUCUCCAAAUGCCGAAGAUAAUCGAGAGCCCUGAAGCGGUUCUGAAACGGAUUGCCGAUCGAACGAAUGACAGCAUUGAGGCGCCUUUUCGUGCGAUUAAAAAGAACUUUUCAAGUUGGAAACAUUCGAGGCAAUCAACCGCCGAAGAGCAAUGCCCCAGAAGAUUAACCGUUGGUUCUAUGGAUUCGGGCUUAACCCCUGAAGAGCAAUGCAUAGAACUUCGUGAUAAAGUGGCGAGUCUGGAAGAAGUUGUGGAAUCUUUGAGAGCUGCUCUAUUGAUGGCCCAGAGACAAAAUGAAACAUUGCAAAAGUUUGAGGAGAUGAACGGAAAAAAUGAGGAUAUUCGCGAGUAUUUGCUUGACAAGGAGAGCCAAUUGACAGCGCUUCACAUAACAAAUAGCAUGAACACUAGAAAGGUUCGAGAGUUGGAGGAUCAAAAUGAAAAACUUGAAGAUACUAUAAGCGACUUGCAACAGUCCGUUGAAGCAUUUCGCGAAUCGCUGCGAACCAAAGAAGAGUUGAUAUUGCGAAUGUUCGAAGAAAAUCCGUUGCCGGAGCAUAAAGAUAGCCUUGUUGGAGAUGUCGAAGUUCCCGAAGGGAUUUUAGUAGAUGUCACGACUGUAAAUUGCGAAGAAGCCACGAGAAAAGUUCUCGAUGAAGAAAAUGUGAAGGAUGUCGAAGGACUUCAAGAUCUUGUCGAUGGCUACCGAUCACAAAACCAGUUUUUGAAUGCGGAAAUAGUUGAGCUUCAUGCGAUUGUUCGGAGUUUGGAAGAAAGAGAAAAAACUUUGAUACGAAAGAAUUUUGAUUUGGAGGCGUGCUAUUAUCAGUUGAAAAGCCGCUAUUUGAUGGUGCUUAAUCAUUUCAAGUCGCCGAUGAAGCCGGGAAAAAUUAUGGAAUCUGGAGUUUUGAAAAACUUGCUCGAAGAAUCGGCGCAAACACCACGAGAAUCUCAGCAGAGCCUCACUGAUCAAUUAGGCUUCUAUAAAGAAGACAGCCUGGCGGAUAAUACUGAUCUGUUGGACACGGCAACUUAUUACAUGAAAAAAUCGGAUGAUAUCGUAGAGGCGAUGAAAUUGGAACAAAGCGAAGAUUACAUGAAAUGGUUGCAAUCGUGGGACUCGUUUUUAGUCAAUAGUACUGUAUCGAAAUCACUGAUUAUCGCUUCAGCCGAAAUGAAGACACUUAUUAGAACGGGAGUGCCGCCGGCAUAUCGUGGGAGAGUUUGGAAGAGCAUUGUACAAUAUUGGGUGAAAGAUAAGGUAUCUGAACUCGGAAAUGGCUAUUAUGGAAGUAUGCUUCGACGCGCCAAUUCAAAAAAAGAGGAUGGAGUUUAUGACGCAGCCAUCAAACAGAUUGAUUUGGACUUGGCAAGGACACUACCAACGAACAAGCAUUUUGACGAGCCUGGAUCGGAAAAUAUUGAGAAGCUGAGAAACGUUCUAUACGCAUUCAGAUAUCACAAUACUUAUGUUGGAUAUUGCCAGGGCUUGAAUCGCCUUGCCGCCAUUGCACUUCUAUAUCUUGACGAACAGGACGCUUUCUGGUUUCUAAUCACAUGUGUUGAGCACUUGCAGCCUGAUGGAUACUACACGAGUUCACUGAUUGGAGCAGUUGCCGAUCAAAAAGUACUUCGUGAUCUUGUUGGAGAAAAACUACCAAAAUUGGCAUCGCACCUACGAGCUUUGGAAGUCGACCUCUCACUAUUCGCUCUCUCAUGGUUCCUCACCGUAUUCGUCGACGUUUUACCGCAUUCCAUAUACCUCACAAUUUUUGACGUGUUCCUUUAUGAGGGAAAUAAAGUGCUGUUUCGAUUCGCCCUCGCGCUGCUCAAAAUCUGCGAACCGCAUGUGCUGCAGUGUCGGACGAUCGGAACAGUGCAUCAGUGUUUGAGUCGUGCUCAAGACCAUAUCACCGAUUUCAAGCAACUCGCCAAUGUGGCGUUCAAUGAAUUGAAUCCGUUCCCGCAAAAGACGAUCGAAACAAAAAGACAGUUGUACUUAACGCAAUUAAAGAACCUUAUACUGAAUCGGAAGCUGUUGAUCAUUACAUCAUUGAUGGAAUUCAGAAUGCGCUUUGGUGGUGCGAUCAGGCCGUACGCGGGUGGCGGUUCAAGCAUGGGCGGUGGCCAUCAUAUCAGUCGACGCACAUGUCCGCUUCGUAUGCUUCUCGUUUGGCUUGAACGCGCUGAAGACAUUGUCUAUUUUCCGAUCAGCGAACUUCUCGGAACUUGUGAUGAUGGAAAUUCGCUUUUGAGUGUGAAUAAUGCGAAUGAUGGCUGCGCCUCAGCAUGUCGCUUACCAGAAGCCGGUCCGCUUGUUGAUGGAAUUGUGGUGUCGCAAUCGAAUUUAGCGUCGUUCGUGCGACACACGAUUUUGAACACGUCGAGACGCGAUGUUGCUGAAAUUGAAAACUAUCAAUUUCCGCAUACUCGGCGAAAGCAGGCGAUUGUCGAGUUUGCCAAGAAAUAUGCAUCGAGUACAAACUACGAAGAGUUUCUAAUAAAUAUGAUUCAAAAAUGA